AUUGAGACGCCCCCCCCCCCCCACGAAUUGAUAACCAUCGAUCUCUGAUGUCCUGUCUUUUUAUCUCUGCUCUGCCAGUAGUCAACCACCCAUCCCACCAUCGACUAGCAGGCAGAUCUCUUGAUUUGGUCUUCUUCCCCGGCAGCGGCAGAUUCCUUUCGGGCGUGUUGAGGGAAAGCCAAGGAAGAAACAGAAAGCGCGCGCGAUGAGCAACGGAGAUCAUGGCCAUGUCGAAUACCAAGAGGAGUACGUUGUGAACUCGCGGGGGAUGAGGCUCUUCACCUGCAGAUGGCUGCCCAAGAAACCAAUCCCAAAGGCGCUCGUCUUCCUGUGCCAUGGGUACGCGGUUGAGUGCGCGGUGACGAUGCGCGGCACCGGGGAGCGCCUGGCGCGGGCCGGGUACGCCGUCUACGGCCUCGACUACGAGGGACACGGCCGCUCCGACGGCCUCCAGGGCUACGUCCCGGACUUCCAGGCCCUCGUCACCGACUGCGACGACUUCUUCACCUCCGUCGUCCGCCAGUACUCCCACGGAAACCAGACCUGCAGCAGGUUCCUUCUGGGCGAGUCGAUGGGCGGCGCGGUGGCGCUCCUCCUCCACCGCGCCCGCCCGGACUUCUGGACCGGCGCCGUGCUCGUGGCGCCCAUGUGCAAGAUCGCAGAUGAGAUGAGGCCACAUCCUGUGGUGGUGAACAUCCUGAGGGCGAUGACCAGCAUCAUCCCGACCUGGAGGAUCGUGCCCACGAACGACGUCAUCGACUCGGCAUACAAGACUCAGGAGAAGAGAGAUGAGAUCCGGGAAAACCCCUACUGCUACAAGGGCAAGCCACGCCUCAAGACCGCAUACGAGCUCCUCAAGGUCAGCUUGGACCUCGAAGCCAACCUCCUACCCCAGGUGUCAUUGCCUUUCCUGAUCGUGCACGGCGGGGCGGACAAGGUGACGGACCCGUCGGUGAGCGAGCUGUUAUUCCGGUCGGCGGCGAGCCAGGACAAGACGCUCAAGCUCUACCCGGGCAUGUGGCACGCCCUUACCUCCGGCGAGUCGCCCGACAACAUCCACACCGUCUUCCGCGACAUCAUCGCUUGGCUCGACCACAGGUCCCCGACGUCGACGGAGGAGCUAUCGGAGAUGGAGCAGAAGGCCAGGCACGACGACCACCAGCUGCAGCAGGAACAAACCAAAUGCGAUGCAUAGAAACUAACCAUUUAGAUUCACAAGUCAAUGAUACUAUCUUAGGCGCCUUAGCUACAAGAGAGUUACUAGACGUUCAGCGAGAUUAUAUCGUCAAGUAUACAGAACAUAGCAAGCAAUUCAAGAAGGCAGAGCAGCAUGUAUCGGUUAUACAGGACCUAUUCUGACGCCACCACUACCAGCAUAUCUAUCGUGCGUUGGCUAUAAAAUAGGAAAUUAGUUGCUGCACGUUGGUGCGCUUGUAUUCGGUGUGUGUGUGUGUAUCUCAACUAAUGAUCAAUAUGUUGAGCAUCAUCUCAUGCUGGCAUUCUUGAAA